AUGUCGGCAGCUUCACACCUGUACCUUGUCACGGACAACGAUGUCAUCUACGAGCAGGACAUACUGCGCAACCCGGCCAACAUACGCGCCUGGCUCGACUAUGCUUCCUUCAAGCGACAAACCGGCUCGCUGCUGGAACACGCGUUCGUCCUGGAGCGCGCCUGCAAUUCACUUCCGCGCAGUUACAAGCUAUGGAAAAUGUACCUGGAGCUGCGUGUGAACCACUUGCGCAACCGCAACCCAGCUCGCUGCGCCUCCGACUUCCAAAAGGUCAAUGCCUUGUUCGAAAGAGCCCUGGUCCUCCUCAACAAGAUGCCGCGCAUCUGGGAAAUGUAUCUGUCCUUCCUGUGCAAGCAGCCCAGAAUUACACAAACCCGUCGCACCUUCGACCGUGCCCUACGCGCCCUCCCCAUUACCCAACACAACCGGAUAUGGGCCCUCUACCGUCCCUUCGCCACAUCCGCCUCCGGAGAGACCGCAAUCAAAAUCUGGCGCCGCUACAUGCAAAUUCACCCAGAACACGCCGAAGACUUCAUCGACAUUCUCAUUGACCAAAAGCAAUACACAGAUGCUGUCAUCAAGUACAUGGAUAUCCUCAACAAUCCACGCUUCCGCAGCAAGGAUGCCAAGGGCCCGUUCCAGUUCUGGACCCAGAUGCUGGAACUCAUCAUUGACCACGCGCAACACGUACAGACUGGCGAAGACACUGGUAUAGAUGUAGACCGCAUAGUCCGUAGCGGUAUACAGCGCUUCCCGGACCAGAGAGGUAUCCUAUGGGUAGGUCUCGCGAGAUACUGGAUCAACAAGGGCGACUAUGAGCGUGCGAGAGACGUCUUCGAAGAAGGUAUUACUACGGUAAUGACCGUACGUGACUUCUCCAUCGUCUUUGAUACAUAUGCAGAGGCCGAGGAGGCUCUGAUUGGCAUCAAGAUGGACGAGGCCCAGGCUCGUUCAGAAAAGAGUACGCCCAAUGAGAAUGCCGACCUCGAACUCGAUAUUCGCAUGAUGCGCUUCGAGCAGCUAAUGGACCGCCGCCCAUUCCUCUUGAACGACGUUCUACUGCGUCAAAAUCCCAAUAGCGUCAUCGAGUGGGAGAAGAGGGUUGCGCUGUGGGGCGAAAAUAAGCGGGAGGUUGUCAACACAUAUACCAAUGCAAUCGCUGCGAUCAAUCCCAAAAAGGCCAUUGGGCGAUACCAUGCGCUCUGGACAAAUUACGCAAAGUUCUACGAGGAACGAGGCGAUCUGCGCAAUGCUAGAGUCAUCAUGGAAAAGGCUGUCAAAGUACCUUUCAAGUCUGUCAACGAACUCGCUGAAAUGUGGGUCGAAUGGGCAGAGAUGGAGCUGCGCAAUGACAACUUCGACCGUGCUGUCGAUAUUAUGGCCAAGGCUACUCAGGCACCGAAACGCAGCACAGUCGACUACUUUGACGAAAGCCUCAGUCCUCAACAACGAGUGCACAAAAGCUGGAAGCUCUGGUCAUUUUAUGUCGACCUUGUCGAGUCUGUCAGCACACUGGCUGAGACUCGCAAAGUAUACGAGCGCAUCUUCGAAUUACGCAUCGCUACACCUCAGACAGUCGUGAACUACGCCAAUUUACUCGAGGAGAACAAGUAUUUCGAAGAGUCAUUCAAGGUAUACGAGCGUGGUCUAGACCUGUUUUCAUAUCCAGUCGCCUUCGAACUCUGGAAUCUGUACCUUCAAAAGGCGGUCGAGCGGAAGAUCAGUAUCGAGAGGUUGCGAGACCUUUUCGAGCAAGCCGUGGAAGGUUGUCCUCCAAAGUUCGCCAAGGUGCUAUACCUCAUGUAUGGCCAACUAGAGGAAGAACGUGGAUUGGCUCGCCAUGCUAUGCGUAUCUACGAGCGAGCGACCCGUGCUGUAUCGGACGAGGAUCGCCUGGAUAUGUUCAACUUUUACAUUACGAAAUCGGCCUCGAACUUUGGCCUCACUUCGACUCGCUCUAUAUACGAACGGGCUAUCGCGGCUCUGCCAGACAGCGAAGCAAAAGACAUGUGUCUCAAGUUUGCCGAGAUGGAAAGACGACUUGGAGAGAUUGACCGUGCCAGAGCGAUCUAUGGCCAUGCUAGUCAAUUUUGCGAUCCAAGAAGGGAGCCUGGCUUCUGGCAAAAGUGGGAAAGCUUCGAGGUACAACAUGGAAAUGAGGAUACCUUCAAAGACAUGCUUCGUAUCAAGCGAAGCGUCCAAGCACAAUACAACACUGAUGUCAGCUUCAUUGCUUCUCAAGCUAUCGCCCGGAGUCAACAAAUACCGGCGGAAGAUGAAGCUCUUGACGAUGACACACAAAAGACAGAUGCCAUGGCGGCGUUGGAGCGUCAGGCUCGUGCUCCGACUGGUUUCGUUGCAGCAAGUAGCGGACCUGAAGGAGGUAACAGAGGCGCAGCUGCCUUGCCGAAUCAAGCCACAGCCAACCCAGAUGCUAUCGACAUGGACGACGAUCUAUAA